AUGGCGAAAAAGCAAAAUAAGCCAGUGGAACAAAACGAGACGGAGCAAGAUUCCACGGCGGUGGAAAAAUCGAAAGGCAAACAGAAGGAGCUCGUCAAAGCUCCAUCAUCUUCUCCAACAGCUUCUGCUGCCGCAGAUCCAGAUUCUAUCCCGGAGAAGAUAGUUUCAGUGGCAGAGAUAAAGAAGAAGAACAAGAAUGCCGAGACGUCUUCUGCUGCUGCUGUAACUUCACGGAAGACGAAGAAGAAGAACAAGAAUGCCGAGACGUCUUCUGCUGCUGCUGUAACUUCACGGAAGACGAAGAAGAAGAACAAGAAGCUACCGAUCCAAGAAGAAGGAAGCUUAAGAGACUUGAGUCCAGAAGAGAAGCCAACCAAGAAACCCGUGGAACAUGACGAGGAGAAAGAAGAACCUAAAGAUACUCAUGAACAAGAGAAUCUCGUUUUCCAAACUCCAACACAUUCUCCAGCUGCUUCUCUCGCCAUAGCCGAGACUGAGACACAAGAGAAGGAAGAGUCGACGGAUAGCAAGAAGAGGCCUCUGGAAGAAGCAAGCCCAUCAAGUGACGUGGACACAAAACGUGUGAAAACGGGAGAGAACACAAACUCGAAUUUCAAGAGGGUGUGGAGUGAGGAGGACGAAAUCGUUUUGCUUCAAGAGAUAAAGACCUUUGGCUCGAUUCCGGUUCAGUUGAAGGCUAAGAAAAUAUUUCGCAAGUCGCUCAAGCCCAAGAUCAGCUUUGAGUUUUCCUUGUCUCAACUGGCAUUGAAGAUGGAGAAACUGAAACAGAAAUUCAGAGAUGAAGUGAAGAAAGAAGUGGUGGAUUUCAAGACACCUCACGAUAAAAAACGUUUUGAAUUGUCUAAAGAGAUUUGGGGAUCUAUCGUGGAAGAAGAAGAAAAGAUGAAGAACAUGGCGAUGAAGACUCACCGAUGUGAAGGUUGGUUUGAGAAAUCAUUUCUUCUUGGUUCCGUUGCAAGCUUUGGUUUGGGAGAAAAGGGAGUGAAAGAAGGAUGGAGUUUGGUCUCAGCUGAGAGGAAGGACAAGAUCAAAGCGGAGUUGAGACUGUCUGUGGCUGAAGAAAUCAAGUCAAUGAUGCGCAAGUCAAGACUUGUAAGUGAAGUAAUGUCUGCAAUUGCUGAAGCUACAAGUUAG